CAGACCCGCAUGCUUCCUUGACUCAUAGAGGCGCGAGCCUCCGAGCACGAGCCUCAAUCCGCGUCCGUCCACGCCGGCAGGAAGAGAGAGAGAGAGGGAGAGAGAGGGAGGGAGAGAAAGAGAGAGAGGGAGAGAGAGAGUCUCGACGUUAUGGUGCCUUUCAGUUUAUUUCUCUGCGUUGAAAUGUUGAUUUUCUAGUUACUGAAUCAGGUUUCGCGCGGAGCAGCUUUGCCAGAGAACGAAAAACGAUUGUUUUCUCCAUGUGGAUAUUUCUCGAGCUCUGGAUCUGAAUGGUUUGAUAUUUAACAGGAUUUAAGCAGAAAAAUAAGCAGCAGCAGCAACGACAACAACCACAGGAGCCUGAAGAAGGAUCCGACCUGAGCCCCGGGAGACCCGCGCCUCUCGUCCCGUCCCGGCCCCGCUCCCCGGCCCCGGUCUCCGGCCCGUCCCGGCCCCGGUCUCCGGCCCCGCGCCUCCAGCAUGAUGUCUUAUCUCAAACAGGCCCCGUACGGGAUGAACGGGCUGGGCCUGAGCGGAGCCGCCAUGGACCUGCUGCACCCGUCCGUGGGGUACCCGGGAAACCCGCGGAAGCAGCGCCGGGAGCGGACCACCUUCACCCGGACGCAGCUCGACAUCCUGGAGUCGCUGUUUGCCAAGACGCGCUACCCGGACAUCUUCAUGAGGGAGGAGGUGGCGCUGAAGAUCAACCUGCCCGAGUCCAGAGUGCAGGUCUGGUUCAAGAACAGACGGGCCAAGUGUCGGCAGCAGCAGCAGAGCAGCAACAGCGCCAAGGCCAAGCCCAUGAAGAAGAAGUCGUCCCCGGCGAGGGAGAGCACCGGCUCGGAGAGCAGCGGCCAGUUCUCCCCGCCGGCGGUGUCCAGCUCCACCUCCUCCAACUCCUCCGCCACGUCCUCCUCCUCCUCCGCGUCCUCCUCCGUCCCCUCCGGCCUCGGCGGGCCCGGUCUGAUCAGCACCUCGGCCUCCGUCACCGCCCCGGUGUCGUCCAUCUGGAGCCCGGCGCCCAUCUCCCCGGCCCCGGCGCCGGCCGCGAUGCCCGACCCCGCCGCCGCCCCCGGCAGCGGCGCCUCCUGCAUGCAGCGCUCCGCGUCGUCCUCCGGCGCCGGGGGGACGCCCUCCUACCCGGUGUCGUACAGCCAGACGGCGGCGGCCUACGGCCAGGGUUACCCGGCCUCGGCUUCCGGCUCGUACUUCGGCGGCGUGGAGUGCGGCUCGUACCUGGCGCCCAUGCACUCCCACCACCACCCGCACCACCCGCACCAGCUCAGCCCCAUGACCGGCAGCGCCAUGACGGGACACCCGCACCACCACAUCGGCCAGGCGUCGGGGCACCACCACCACCACCACCACCCGUCGCACCACCACCAGGCGUACAGCGCGCCCGGCCUCGCCUUCAACUCCACGGAUUGUCUGGAUUACAAAGAGCAGACGGCGGCUUCGGCCUGGAAACUCAACUUCAACGCCUCCGACUGUUUGGACUACAAAGACCAGGCGUCGUGGCGCUUCCAAGUGCUGUGACCUCCCGCGGCUCUCUUCUUCUUCUCUGCGUACAAAGAAGUGUUCUUUUUCGUUGUUGGUGGUUUUAUAUCUGAAGAUGCGUUUAAACUAAUAUUAGAGACGUUUUUAAGAAAGUUUAUUUGUGAACGAACUGAAGCGACGCUCAGAUAGGCGAAGGGCCUCGGGGGGGUUUCAGCUCCGUCGGCGUCAGCGGAUCCACUCGUCCCGGGAUUAUUUUUCUACUCCAGAACUCGAGAGAAACCGACUCAUUUACAACUCUGGGAGGCCUUUUUAACAGUAGAAGUUCAGUGGAACCUGCAUAGAUGUGCAGUACGGGAUCGAUCGGUUAACUUUGUUGUGAUCGGGAUUACGCUUCAAAGAAAUAACAUGAAAAAAUAAAUCAUAAAUUGGACUUUUGGUGGACUCUUCCCAGCAAACCUUUUUUUUGUGAAAAAACAUGAUGCUGCUAUGAUUUCCAGGAUCGCUGAUGUUCAUUCCCAUCUGAUUUCAGACUUUACUCUUUCAGAAACUCGUCGUUUAGCCUGUGGGGUGUUGUAUUUUGGAGAUUGAAUUGCAGCACUUGUUUAUAAAGUGAAAGAUUUUUUGCUAUUUGUUCUUUACGGAGGAAAGAAAAUUAAAAAAUGUGAAAUUUGACACGCAAUGUCAGUAUUCCAUUGAAAUUUGAAAGAUGUACAUUCGUGUCUUUAUAAUAAAGUCUUGUUAAAACAUGA